UCCUCCACCAAUCCUGGCUUCUUGCCUAUAGACGCCGUCGCUGGAGUACGACUCCCGAACCCCCCCACCUCCACCUCCUGGAUAGUAGCGACGGUCUGUGAAGAUAGACCGGGUUGUAAAAUGCAUCUCAUAUCGGGUUCUGUUCUCAGAACCAGCACCGAAUGAGCCCGUCUCUUCUUUUCUUUUUUUUUUUUUGUUCUUGUUGUAAAUUGCAACCAGCGAGCGACGGACGGUAAUGUUGGCGUCAUGAUUCCUCUGCUGUCCAGACUUUCUGGAAACAAAUCGGGGUUUGUCGGCGGCUCCUCUGGAGAUGGCAGAAUAGUUGAAACGCUCGCGUUUUAAAGCACUACGGGGGAAAAACAAACAACAAAAAAACUACAACAACCGGAAGGUCUACAAUGACAGGAGGGGCCUUUCUCUGGGUUCUGCUCUCUCUGGUCCUUCCCUGUUCCAGCGAGGAAGGUGAAGACGGCACGGGGGCCUACUGUUUAUGUGAAGGGCCCUCCUGCAGCAGCGGGGACCGGUGCUUUGGCCAGCAGUGCUUCGUCUCCCUGUCGGCGCUGAACGGAACGACGGUGGUCGAGAGGGGCUGCGUCGCUGCUGGGGGCGACGGAGACGGGUCGCGGCGCUGCGGAGAGCUGCCGACUGCGGCGCUGGUGGUGGAGUGCUGUCGCGGGCGUCUGUGCAACAUGAACGUCUCGUUGCAGUUCCCGGCCAAAGAUGUCAAGCUGUCUGCCGGCAGGCCGGCCCUCAGAGACCAGGAGUGCGCGUGCGAGGGAGGCUCGUGCGAGGCCGGCGGGCGCUGCACCGGCCAGCAGUGCUUCUCCUCUCUGAACGUGACUGACGGGGGCGCCGUCCGGCAGAAGGGCUGCCUGAGGGACGACGAGGAGGGCAGAGCCACCUGUGCCGCGGCGCCGUCAUCGCUCUAUGUCGUCAAGUGCUGCCAGGGCCAUCUGUGUAACAUGAACGUCACGGUGCAGGUCCCAGAAAGAGAAAGGGAAAAGAAGCGUCCGAUCAAAGAGGAGCAAGAGUGCGUGUGCGAGGGCAGCUCUUGUGGGCCGGGGGGUCGCUGCUUGGGCUACCAGUGUUUCUCGUCUGUGACGGACAGCAGCGGCUCGCUUGUGUACCAGAAAGGGUGCUUCAAGGUGUACGAGCAGGGCACGAUGACCUGCAACACGCCGCCGUCCCCGGCGCAGAUAGUGGAAUGCUGCCAGGGGCAUCUGUGUAACAUGAACGUCACCGUGGAGCUUCCCGUCAAAGCCGAACUGUCCAGCUACAAUGUGACCACACUGACGAUGGCCAUAGUGGCGCCCAUCAUUGUUCUCAUCGUCCUCUCCACGGCGGCCAUCCUCGUGUUCAGGCGGAUCUACCGCAACCAAACGGAGAGGCUGACGUCACGAGACGCAGAGUACGGAACGAUUGAUGGGCUCAUAGCGUCUAACGUGGGGGAGAGCACCCUGGCGGAUCUGCUGAAUCAUUCCUGCACUUCAGGAAGCGGCUCAGGUCUCCCGUUUCUUGUUCAGAGGACCGUCGCCCGACAGAUCACUCUGAAUGAGUGUGUUGGUAAGGGCCGCUACGGUGAAGUGUGGAGGGGUCAGUGGCAGGGGGAGAGUGUCGCUGUGAAAAUCUUCUCCUCCAGAGAUGAGAAGUCCUGGUUCAGAGAGACUGAAAUCUACAACACUGUGCUGCUGAGGCACGAGAACAUCCUGGGCUUCAUCGCCUCAGACAUGACCUCCAGGAACUCCAGCACUCAGCUGUGGCUCAUCACCCACUUCCACGAAAUGGGCUCCUUGUACGACUACCUCCAGCUCAGCACCCUCGACGCGUCCAGCUGCCUCCGCAUGGCGCUCUCCAUCGCCAGCGGCUUGGCACACUUGCACGUGGAGAUCUUCGGCACCCGGGGGAAGCCGGCCAUCGCCCACCGAGACCUCAAGAGCAAAAACAUCUUGGUGAAAAAGAACGGGCAGUGCUGCAUUGCUGACCUGGGUCUGGCGGUCAUGCAUUUUCAAGACACCAAUGAGCUGGACGUGGGCAACAACCCUAAAGUUGGCACCAAGCGCUACAUGGCCCCCGAGGUGCUGGACGACUCCAUCCAGAUGGACUGCUUCGAGUCCUUCAAGAGGGUGGACAUCUGGGCCCUGGGCCUCGUCCUGUGGGAGGUCGCCAGGAGGACCGUGAGCAACGGCAUCGUCGAGGACUAUAAGCCACCGUUUCAUGACGUGGUCCCCAGUGAUCCCAGCUUCGAGGACAUGAAGAAGGUUGUGUGUGUGGAUCAGCAGAGGCCGAAUAUCCCAAACAGAUGGUUCUCAGACCCGACUUUAAGCGCCUUGGCUAAACUCAUGAAGGAGUGCUGGUACCAGAACCCGUCUGCCAGGUUAACCGCGCUGCGCAUCAAAAAGACUCUGACCAAGAUCGACAACUCGCUUGAUAAAAUCAAAACAGACAUUUGAGCCUUUGCUUGAGAAGAAGAGGCCUUCGAAAGACAUCCAGAGGAUGGAGCAUCUUAUAGAAAGUCUCAGAAGAUUAUAGACUUGAUGGGUUUAGUGCCCUUAUAGUGGCACAGACCUAUAUUUAUUUUAAAGCGCUAGGCGGGACACAUUUCGGCAUCCAAAGAUGGCUUAAUGGGCAUUUCUGAGGCCGCCCAUGUAGUCUUGGAAAACGGAAACCAUCAAUUCAAUCUAUAACAUAGGAGCUGGACUGUUCAAGGAGGAAACUGUUACCUGGGCAUUUGGAUAGGCUUGUUUUUUUUUUUUUAUUUGUUGUUGCGUUGUUGUUGUUUUUUUUUUUUGAAAUGCCGACUUUUGUUUGACACAUUUUACAGUUUAAAAGAUGUCUGAACAUAACGGUUUCAUCUUUCUCUUUUAAUUGUACUCCAUUUGCAUUAUGCUACGUUCAUCUAGAAUAAAAACAGGCCAGCUAGGGAGUUUAAUGAGGAUCUGCAACAGCAAUUGCCACCGGUGGCACCAUGUUGUCCAGAUGGGCGCCAGUGUGAACUAUUAGUGCAAGUUUCUUCUGAAAUGUAACAUUAGGGUCUGCGCCUGUGGCACUUGUCCUUUUUUGCAGAUGUAUACCACCCACCUAAAGACACUCUGUUGCAAACAUUUUUAUGUAUUACGUUACAUUUGCACUCAUAUUUCUUUCAGCUUCAGACACACGAGUUAAAAUAAGAUAUCUGCCAGUUACUGCUGAUUUUUUUUUUUUCUUUCUAUUUGUCCAAAGGCCUGUAAGUAUGCCUGUAAAGCCUGUAUACUGUCUUAAAGCGUGCAUUGUUGUCCUAAUGCGUGCGUCGUCAAGUGAGUGAAGUCAGACUUAAGCCUUUUUUUUUUUAUUAUUUCUUGAAAAUUUUAUAUCAGCUAGUGAUUUCUAUUAAUUAAAUAGAAAAAAAAAGAUGUCUGUCUCAUUUGUCAUAAUUGGGUUUCUAGCAGAUGUACAAGCCAUAAAAGUGGUGUCUUAAAAGAAGAGGAGCGUUUGUCGAGAAACGGUUAAAUGCAUUCCUGCAACAUUCAGUAAGAAAUUUGUGACCUUCACAACAGGGAUUUAAUCAUCUGUGGUAAUCCUUUCUUGUUUAAUAUUGUUGGAGCUGCUCAUAGUUGUACGUCUGCAAGAGUGACUUUCCGUACCAGCAAUGGCCUUUAAAUCCACUCGUCCUGUCAGUGUAGUGUUUGUGUAACCGCUGUUUAAAUUCCAGUAUCUGGAAGUAAUCCGCCCACAUUGCGGUUUAUCAAAUAAAAUGUGGUUGCAGCUCAAUAAAGAACAAUCAUUACACAGGUUUAUUUAUAUCGGUGUAGCUCGCCUUGCGUAUAAUUCAACAAGCAGCCAAGCAUUUGUGGACCUUAAUUCUGCUGAUGUUGGUCAUGAUGGUGCAGUGAUGCUGUGGUCUUUAAAGCGGGUCUGGGAGCCGACUGGAGAACGAAAGCGUUUGACUGCAGAGAGGGAAGCAUGACGGGCUCUGAGGUUUCCUGGUAGAUGGCUUUGCUGACUUUUGAUUUGAUUAAAAAAAAACACGAUAAACACUAGCAAUUCAGUUCAUUAUGUUGUGCCAAUCAAUAACUGUCACCUCAAGGUGCUCUACAACAAUCUAUACACAGACAUGCCCAAUGAAAGCGAUCUACACUAAGAGACUAGAUUCAAUUUCGAUCGUAGUUGCGUUUGGUUCAUUAUGCGGGUUGAUGAAGUAUCUUAACAUGCCCAGCAUAUUGCAUUAAAUCUGCGACAAUCCCUCAUACAGAGCAUGCAUGUUGCAACUGUGGAAAAGGAUUGACUACCUUUCUGGUCAGGGAAAAACUUCCAGCAGAACUUGGGUCAGUGCGGGCAUCCAUCGGUCCUGACUGGAUGGGGAUUUCAAAAGAUGGAGAAUCAGAAGCUCUGGUCCAGUAGCACUAACAGUGUUAAACAGCAGUAGCUCUUUUAGUGGCUUUAGUUUAGCCAAUCAUAGAUGAGACAGAGAAACCUCAGUAUGGUUUGUAAGUAUUAUUAAAGGAAAUUAAAAGAGGCAAUUUGACUGUUUGAAACUACUGUCCUUGCAAGUAAAAUGAUUUCAGCAGCAUACUAUAAUUCCCACAAAACGAUCUUGUUCCAUGUGGAGAAAUAACUUGAUGUCUGCACUAAUAAUGCAACAAAUGGCUUAAUACUCGAAUGUAAAAGGUAAAAAAAGGCUGUGAACCAGGUUGUUAUGCGAUUUUUUUCAUUCUGCAUGUUUGGCAGUAACUGAGCUGAGGUGUGGCUGGCAAAAUUGUAACUCAGUUUUCUGGGUAAAAUACAUAAAUAAUCAUAAUUAACUAUUUAAGAAAAGGAGAAAUUACUUUCCACACAGGGCAGCGAUGGUUUAGGUAGCUUUUACACGUAAAAGAUCCGAGUCCAGUGAACACUCAGCUACCUGCUCCUCAUGUUAUUUAGGCUGCUAUGAACCAUACAGCGCCUUGGAAUGGUACUCACACAUUUUGUCACAUCACAGCCAAGAACUUCAAUGUGUGAUGUUAAAUUCGGAAAUAUUCACAAAUCAAAAUCUGCAAAGUCUGGCCCUGCAUUAGGGUUCUGCCCACCUCUGAGUCAAUAAGUUGUAGAACCACGAUUACAGCUGCAAAUCUUUCUGGGAAUGUCUCUUCCAGCUCUGCACCUCUAGUGACUGAUAUCUGUCUCCUUUGCAAAACAGCUCAAGGUCAGAAGAUUGGUUUAAAAAAAAAGAAGAGAGAUACAGUUUCAAGUCUUUCCACUGAUUUUCAAUAUGUAUUUGACCAGGUCAUUCAAAUACAUGAAAAUGAUUUACACAAUCUCCCUCCCUCUAUCCUGCAGUAUUUUGCCGCAUAGUUUUUUGUUUUUUUUGACUGUCCUCUGUUUAUCGCCAUCCCAUCAACUCCCCAUCAAGUUUAACCUUGGGAAUGACGUGUUCAUGCUCAUAGUCAGUGUUCAUUUUUCUCCACUCAAUUCGUUCUGUAUUUAAGCCAAAAAGGUCCAUUUAUCUCUCACCCGACCAGAACCCCUCCUUUGACGUGUGUCCCCGCGUGGCUUGUGGGAAACUCUAGAAAUCGCUUACUUUGACUUUCUUUAGAUAAUGGUUUUAUUCUCUCCAAUGUAGUCCAGAUUUGUAGAGUGGAUGACUGAUGGUUGUCCUCCCAACAGAUUUUCUCACCUGAGCUGUGGAUCUUUGCAGCUCCUCCAAAGCUAACACAAUGAUGGACUGAACACCUGUUGUUGGUGAAAUUUUUAAAACUUUGGGUGUUGUUAAACAACCUAACCCUCCAUUAAACUUCUCCACAACUUU